CCUUUGACCUCUGUGAUGCUGGCUCGGCUCGGCUCGGCUCGGCUCGGCUCGGCUGCUCACUCUGCUCUGGGUUCCCGUCUGGUCCGGAGCGGCCUGAAGAAGGAUCUCAACAUGCAGCGUUCCCUCCUGGUUCUGGUUCUGGUUCUGGUUCUGGCCAUCAUCAGCGUCGGCGCUCAGGAGGCUGCUGUGUCGGAGGCCUGGAACAGGAAGUCCUGUAAAUGUGACUGUGAAGGAGGAGAAUCUCCAACAGAGCUUCCCUUCAUGGGUUCUGGCAGCUCGAUGGUGAAAGACAUGGACUGCAUGCCGGAGUGUCCCUAUCACAAACCGCUGGGGUUUGAGGCCGGAUCUGUGAGCUCAGACCAGAUCACCUGCUCCAACCAGGACCAGUACACCGGCUGGUUCUCCUCCUGGCUCCCGAGUAAGGCCCGGCUCAACAACCAGGGCUUCGGGUGUGCGUGGCUCUCUAAGUUUCUGGACAACAGUCAGUGGUUGCAGAUAGACCUGAAGGAGGUGACGGUGGUCUCUGGGAUCCUGACUCAGGGCCGCUGCGAUGCUGACGAGUGGAUCACCAAGUACAGCGUUCAGUACCGCCUGGACGAAAACCUCAACUGGAUCUAUUACAAGGACCAAACUGGGAACAACCGGGUGUUUUAUGGAAACUCUGACCGCUCAGCUUCGGUCCAGAAUCUUCUCCGGCCACCCAUCGUGGCUCGUUACGUCCGUAUCCUCCCUCUGGGCUGGCAUACCCGCAUCGCUCUGCGCCUGGAGCUGCUGACCUGCAUGAAGAAAUGCAUGUGACCCCCCCACCCCCACCCCACCCCAAACACUGCCCCUUAAACCUGUCUGGUUUGUGAUUUUUAUCCCCUGAGUAACAAGCUGAUCCUAAAAUAUUCAACACCAAACUCUUUGUUUUACACCUGACACACUCCUAAUGAAUUAAUUUGUUUGAAAUGUUCAACAAGCUUCUCUUCAGCCAGCAGCUUCCUGCUGAGGCUUUCAUUUGACCAGUUCUCAAAGGAUCGCUCCGUUUGUAACAAGACAGAAUAAAUUCAAAGCAUUAAUGAGGAGCGAGAGCGUUCCCAUGGACCAUGUAGCUACAGGUUUGUGAGCUAGAGGGAAAUAUUUUACUGUACGAUAAUACUGAAAGUCUUUAUUCUUUUAAAAGUCUUUGGUUUGGUUCAUCCUACUUCAAUUUCCAAAAACAGGAUUAGAUCACAAUCAUCUGCUAAAUGUUGCAGUCAAAAGUCAAAUAAAGUCCUCACUCUUUCUGUUUUCAGGACUUUAUAAACCUGAUCUGGUCUAUCACAGGUUCUAAAAGUGAACAAAACCCCGACAGAGUCCACCAAGUCUUUAUUUAUGAAUAUUGAAGCUGAAAAACUGUGUCUAGUCUGUACUUACCUGGUACUUUCUGGUGCGUACCUGGUCUGUCCCAGUCCAGGUCCCUAUGAGAACUGGGUUGUAAUAUGAACCUAUACUUACAGAGUACCCGGUACUAAAUGAGUAUAAACCAGGAACAAACUUCUACUGAGUAACUGUUGUGUUUUUUGUUUCCUUUAACAUUUCCACAGAUUUUCCCAUGAUGCUUUGCGUGUUGUGCUCUUUAUUGUAUUUUCUAACUGUUUCCUUGAUUAAACCCAGGUGUCCGUCAUGUUUUCUUGUCGUUUCUGUGCAACAAACCAAUCGGAGAUGUUCAAAAAUGUACAGGUGACAUUUAUUAUGAGACCCUCUGGUAUUUAAAUGACGUUUGGGUUUCCAUACAGUCGUUUUUAUUUACACCCUGUCAGAAGAGGAAAACAGCUCCAUGAGAAAAGAAACUAUGUUUGAGGAUUCACAUUCAUUUCUGGGAACAAAAAGUUGUCUUCUUGUGUGUGUGUGUGUGUGUGUGUGUGUGUGUGUGUGUGUGUGUGUGUGUGUGUGUGUGUGUUUAAGCCUCUGUUUCCUUCAUAAUGUUGUCAGUGAGCUGAGUGUAAGGCUUCGGGUCUCUAUCAAGGCAAGCUUUGUCAUCAUGUCGGACCAGAACAAUCAUCAGCAGUUUUGACUCACACAGGUUCACCGUGCUGUUGUAGUGAGUCGUGUUCAGGUCCUGAGUCGUGUUCAGGUCAAGAUUUGUGUUUAUGUCAAGAGUCGUGUUCAGGUACCAAGUCCUGUUCAGGUCAAGAGUCGUGUUCAGGUCCUAAGUCGUGUUCAGGUCAAGAGUCGUGUUCAGGUCAAGAGUCGUGUUCAGGUACCGAGUCGUGUUCAGGUCAAGAGUCGUGUUCAGGUUAAGAGUCGUGUUCAGGUCAAGAGUCGUGUUCAGGUCAAGAGUCGUGUUCAGGUCAAGAGUCGUGUUCAGGUACCGAGUCGUGUUCAGGUUAAGAGUCGUGUUCAGGUACCGAGUCCUGUUCAGGUCCUGAGUCGUGCUCAGGUUUUAUUGACACACUUAAUGGUUUUCAGGACCUCCUGUGUUCUUUAGGGCUCUCUCAUGUUUCAGUCUUGUUAUUGCUUUCAGUCUGAACUUUUGUUUAAAUCGGAUCUAAUUUUUUUCUGACAAACAUUUAGUUGUUUUUUGUCGAGGCCACAAAUCGUCUUUAAGAUUUAAAUAACAUUUCUAUAGGUGGUCCACAUGACUCCAGGUAAAUGCUUUAGGAAACAAUCCUCCCUGAUCAUGACAGCUGAAAAUGAGUAAAUAUAUAUAUAUAUAU